UAAAAAUAGAAAGAAAUGCGAGAAAGAUAAGGUUUGGGCCAGCCCAGCCACUACUUCUCCCUCGCUGCGUACCACCGUUCCCCGAGCUCAGCCGUGCUCCGCCUUCUCCCUGCCCUACCUCGCCGGCGCCGCCGCUCCUUCCACCCCACCGGCCCUCAUGCUCCUCUCGGUGCGGCGCCUGCCCACCGCUCCGUCCCGCCCAGCGGCCCACCCGCACAUCUCCCCUGCGCCGCCCACCCUCCGGCUCCGGCGACAACACGGUCGAGUGGCGGUGGCGAUGGCGAGGACGGCGUCAACGGCGCCUGCGAUGAAUUCGCAUAUCUUCUCGGCCCCCCUCACGGCAAAAUUCAGGCUCCGCCGCCAACCAAAUGUCAAGAGAUAUAAGUGCAAUGUCAUACGGAGUAACCUCUUCGAUAGAUUAACCAGGGUUGCCAGGUCCUAUGCAAAUGCAGUUAUUAGUUCAUUUGAAGACCCCGAGAAGAUCCUAGAUCAGGCGGUUCUGGAGAUGAAUGAUGAUUUAAUAAAGAUGCGGCAGGCCACUGCACAGGUCUUGGCAUCCCAAAAGCGGCUUGAGAACAAGUGCAAAGCGGCUCAACAAGCUGAUGCUGACUGGUAUCGGAGGGCUCAACUUGCUCUUCAAAAGGGCGAUGAGGAGCUUGCACGUGAAGCCCUGAAACGCCGUAAAUCAUAUGCUGACAAUGCAAGCUCCUUAAAGACCCAGCUUGAUCAGCAGAGGAGUGUUGUUGAAAAUCUUGUUUCAAAUACCAAGCUUCUUGAGAGCAAAAUAGCAGAGGCCAGGCAGAAAAAGGAUACCCUAAAAGCCCGUGCUCAAUCAGCCAAAACUGCAACAAAAGUGAGUGAAAUGUUGGGGAAUGUGAAUACAAGUAGUGCCCUGUCGGCAUUUGAGAAAAUGGAGGAAAAAGUUAUGACGAUGGAAUCCCAAGCUGAGGCACUUGGUCAGUUAGGAGCAGAUGAUCUAGAAGGAAAGUUCGCUAUGCUUGAGACUACAUCGGUUGAUGAUGAUCUUGCACAAAUGAGAAAAGAACUGUCUGGGAGCUCUUUGAAAGGUGAACUUCCUCAAGGUAGAACCGCUACUCCUCGAGACAGGGAUAUCGAGAGGGAGUUAAAUGAGCUGCGGGAGAAGGCCAACGAUUAUUAGAUUUUACAGGACAUGUCCGUGCACCGGGCUUGAUGAGAUAUCAGUCAGAGAACCCCAGAAGAGAGUAUAGCCUGCAGAUUUGUCCAAUGCGCGUUUGAACCUUCAAUGCAUGUGUUUCUUUUGUGGUAAAGGUAUGAAGGCGUCGAUGUGAAGAUUCUCUGCAUUUUUCCUGUGAAUGACAUUGUACAGUUAACCAUUACCUCAGUGUAAAUCACUAAUAUUCAUAGAGCUUAGCCGAGAGCCUAAAUUGCCCACCCUUGUGUACCUUAUACCAUUUGGUUGGUGUCAUAACAUGUAUGAAAAAUUUGACCCAGUGAUCCAGUUGAGUUCUGAUGCUUCAA